CAAUUUUUUACAUCCGGCGGGGAACAAGGUGCUAGCGACAGAGGACAAACCCGAAGGAGCAAGCUGUGAAACAUGUCUGUGGACUGGGUGGGUUAUGGAUAUGCAGCCCUGGUGGCGUCAGGGGGGGUCAUCGGCUAUGUGAAAGCAGGCAGUGUUCCCUCUCUUGCUGCUGGACUUCUUUUUGGCGGAAUUGCAGGUGUUGGCGCCUAUCAGGUCUCCAAUGACCCCAGUAAUGUUUGGCUGUCUCUUGGUACUGCAGGUGCACUGACGGGCAUCAUGGGGAAAAGGUUCUAUGGAUCCAGGAAGUUUAUGCCAGCUGGCCUCAUGGCGGGUGCAAGUCUUCUGAUGGUGGGCAAGCUGAGCAUGGCGCUGCUCAACAAACCUCAGCAGUCCGGAUGAUGAUGAUGAUAACGAGGACAUCGCAAUGCACUAAACAGACCAUUUAGUUAACGUCAGUGAGAUUUCUGUUGUAUGUAAAAAGAAUUUUUCUAUGAAGAAAGUGAAAUAAAUCACCAACGUUUAUAAAGAAACU